AUGACUGACAAGUGCAAUCAGAAGCCUCACCUCAAUGUGGUCAUCAUUGGGCAUGUGGACUCUGGGAAGUCCACCACCACCGGGCACCUCAUCUACAAGUGUGGGGGGUUUGACCCAAGAGCUCUGGAGAAGGUGGAGGUGGCCGCCAGCCAGAUCGGGAAAAGCUCAUUCAAGUUCGCCUGGAUCCUGGAUAAGCUGAAAGCCGAGCGAGAACGUGGAAUAACGAUUGAUAUCUCCCUCUGCAAGUUCCAGACCAACAGGUUUACCAUAACCAUUAUCGAUGCCCCCGGACACCGGGACUUCAUCAAGAACAUGAUCACGGGAACAUCCCAAGCCGAUGUCGCUCUUCUCGUUGUCUCCGCUGCCAGUGGAGAGUUUGAAGCUGGUGUGUCGCGAAACGGCCAAACCAGAGAACAUGCGCUUCUGGCGUACACCAUGGGGGUCAAACAGCUCGUCGUGUGCGUCAACAAAAUGGACAUGACUGACCCUCCGUACAGCCAGAAGAGGUUUGAAGAAGUGGUGAAGAACGUGACCGUGUACCUCAAAAAGAUCGGCUACAAUCCGGCCACCAUCCCGUUUAUCCCAGUGUCGGGGUGGACAGGAGAAAAUAUAGCGUUGCCAAGCCAGAAGAUGGGCUGGUUCAAAGGUUGGAAAGUAAAACGAAAGGAUGGCUUCACUAAAGGUCAAUCCCUUCUCGAGGUCCUGGACUCUCUCGUUCCACCGGUGCGCCCAGCCAACAAGCCGCUGAGAUUGCCUCUCCAAGAUGUCUACAAGAUAGGUGGAAUCGGCACGGUCCCGGUGGGAAAGAUAGAGACUGGGAUUCUCAAACCUGGGAUGACCAUCUCGUUCGCUCCAUCGGGCUUCACUGCAGAAGUGAAAUCCAUAGAGAUGCAUCAUGAGCCGGUUCAGACGGCGUUCCCGGGUUACAACAUUGGCUUCAACGUCAAGAACAUCGCUGUCAAAAGUCUGAAACGUGGCAAUGUGGCUGGGAAUUCCAAGAGUGACCCACCUACUGAUGCCUCCAGCUUUACUGCCCAGGUGAUCAUCCUCAACCAUCCUGGGUUCAUCAAGGCUGGGUAUUCGCCGGUCAUAGACUGCCACACGGCACACACGACGUGCCAAUUUGCCGAGCUCCAGGAGAAGAUAGACAGGCGGUCUGGUAAAAAGCUUGAGGACAAUCCUUUAGCUCUGAAAUCCGGCGAUGCCGCCAUUAUAAGACUGAAGCCCAUCAAACCCUUCUGCGUGGAACGCUUCUUUGACUAUCCACCCCUAGGACGGUUUGCCGCUCGUGAUCUGAAGCAGACGGUUGCCGUUGGGGUCGUGAAGUCUGUGGAACGUAAAGCUAGUGCAGCGGCAAAAAGGCAAGCGCAGAAACCGGUGCUGGUGAAAUAA